AUGGACGUGGACGUGGGCGUGGUCGUGGACGUGGACGUGGACAUGGUCGUGGUUGUGGGCGUGGAGUACAAGGAGGACAAGGAUGAGGAGUACAAGGAGAGCCGUGAAGAAGUCAACUUAUUGGGAGAGAAGUCGCUUGAUAAUGGAGUGUAUGAAAGGGUCACAGGGGAAGGAGUAGAGCAGUAA